CAUGGGGGUGGGAGUGUGCGCGAUGAUGGGUUGUAUCCCACGACGGAUAACAACGCGUCGACCGACCGCGAUAGUCUACGCAAGCUCGAUCUCGAGAUCAAUGAUACGGAGGAGGUGAAAGUGGCGCGGGUGCAUCAGGAGGAGGUGAGGAGUGAGGAUGAGGAGCCGGGGGCGAUCAAGAAGUUUAUUGCGAAGUAUCGGAAGCAGAUUUGCGUGGCUAUUCAUGUUGUGAUUGGGACUGUGAUGACUGGAUGGUGGAUUGCAGGCCUCGUCCUCCACCGCAACGACUACGGCUGGCUCAUCCCCUUCCUCCUCUGGCUCUUUAUUAUGAUCCGCCUCGUAACCUUCUACAUCCCCUCCCGCUACGCCAUGAUCCCCAUCGCCUUCCUCUGGAAAAACAUCGUGCAACGCCUCGUCUACAUGAUCCCCCCCCGCUUCCGCCUCCCCCUCGGCGCCCUCGGCACCGUGGCCGUAAUCCUCGUCGGCUCAAUGGUGGCUGAGGAGACGAAGGACAACACGCGCGCCAACCGCGCGAUAUCCUGUUUCGGACUCGCGGUGUUCAUCUUCCUCUUCUGGGCAACCUCGAAGAACCGGAAGUUAAUCAAGUGGCACACCGUCAUCGUAGGCAUGCUGGCGCAAUUCAUCCUCGCCGUCUUCGUCCUACGCACGAAAGCCGGAUACGACAUCUUCAACUUCAUCGCCUACCUCGCCAAGUCCCUCCUCGGCUUCGCAAGCAAGGGCACCGAGUUCCUCACCAACGCAGACGCCCUGACCCUGGGCUGGUUCAUCAUCAACGUCAUCCCCCCCAUCAUCUUCUUCAUCGCCCUGGUGCAGCUGCUCUACUACCUCGGCACCCUCCAGUUCUUCAUCUCCAAAUUCGCCCACCUCUUCUUCUACACCAUGCACGUCUCUGGCGCCGAGGCCGUCGUCGCCGCCGCCUCCCCGUUCGUCGGGCAGGGCGAGUCUGCGGUGUUGAUCAGGCCGUUCAUCCCGCAUCUCACGGACGCGGAACUGCACCAAGUCAUGACCUCCGGCUUCGCCACCAUCGCUGGCUCCGUCCUCGCGGCUUACAUCUCCAUGGGGAUCAACCCACAAGCCCUCAUCUCCAGCUGCGUGAUGUCCAUCCCCGCCUCCCUCGCCAUCUCCAAACUCCGCUACCCCGAGACCGAGGAACCAUUAACCGCAGGCCGCAUCGUCGUCCCGGCAAUGGAAGACGAAGAGCGUCCCUCCAACGCUCUGCACGCCUUCGCCAACGGCGGAUGGCUCGGCCUCAAGGUCGCAGGCAUGAUUGUAGCGUCGCUGUUGUGUAUUUUGAGUUUGCUCGAGGUGGUUAAUGCGGUGUUGACGUGGUGGGGGCAUUAUCUGAAUAUCGGGUCUUUUAAUGAUGGGGAGACGCAUAAUCUUACGAUCCAGUUUGUGUUGGGGUAUUUGUUUUAUCCCGUCUCUUUCCUGCUCGGCGUCGAUCGCAGUGGUGGGGAUAUCUUGUUGGUGAGCAAGUUGAUCGGGAUGAAGAUUAUUACUAAUGAAUUCGUCGCUUUCUCCUUCCUAACCUCUGACGCCGAAUAUGCCCACCUCUCCCCCCGCUCCCGCCUCAUCGCCACCUACGCCCUCUGCGGCUUCGGCAACAUCUCCUCCGUCGGCAUCCAAAUCGGCGUCCUCUCCCAGCUGGCACCGGGGAAGGGGGGAGGGGUUGCACGGGUGGCGUUUAGUGCGCUGCUUAGUGGGAUCGUGAGUACGCUUACUAGUGCGAGUAUUGCGGGGAUGUUGGUUAGUGAUCAAGCUACGCUUUUUAAGGUUGCGCCGGGUCAUUAGGGGGGUAGGGGGUAGAUAGGGAGAGGGGAAUUGAGUUUUUGGAUUGAUGUUUGGAUUGGACUUGAGUUUGGAGAGGUGUUGAGUGGGGUGGUGAAAGUUCUUGUAUUGUGAGGGCAUGCGUGGGUGUGAUUCCCAGCCCGUAUUCCCCGUCUGUAUCCCCUCCCCAUCUGUCUGUCGUGAUAUCAUCUCCUAUCCCACUCCCAUCUCCUUGUUAACCACUUCAAUAUCCCUAUCCAUGCUCACGGUAUCUCAAUAUCCCAUCCGUUCCAUCCCCAAGAAAUAAUCGCAGGCUCCGCAAGCAAGCGGGCAGCAAGAAGGCAGCACUUAAAAACCCGAAAAAUUCCCAACGCCGUGCCUGAUGCACCUCCCAACCCGCCUUUCCCAUUCCGUUCCCAUUUUAGUUUCUUCCUUAUCCAAUCCCAUCUCCCAUGCCCAAACCCGUAGGCACUGCAUUUUCCAUGCCAUGAAUUAAAAAAAUGACCGUCAGUUUAUGGAUUAACCGUUCAAGCAAGCCACUCCUCCUGCCUCCUCUUCCCCAUCAUCAACCCCUCCUCCUCAUCAUCACU